AUGUCUUGCCAGCAAGCCUUCAGGUUGCGGGAGCGGAACAUCAAUAGCAGACUGGCACCGUUCUUCGAUGAUUUCACCACCACCAUGCCGUUCUUCAAGAAAGAAGAAGACGACAAGCUAGACGUGGCCUCCAUCCCGACUAUCCCGUCCAUCCAGAAAGAGGAGGACGACAAGCUGGACUUGGCUUCCAUCCCCCGAUUUGAGCAAGCCAACGAAGUCCUCGCCGGCACCCCAGAGGCACCAGAAGUCGACGUCGGUUCGGCUGACUUCUCGCGCCGGCGCUGCUACGUCCUCGUGGCGGCGUCUUCUCUCGGCCCUCCGUCGCUCGUCUCAGAACCGUUAUAG